CGCCAUCUCUCACGCUCUACCCGCACCUGGACCCCCAGCCUUGGGUCUGGUCAAUCUUUCUCCUCUGCGACUCUGAGUAAAGAUUGCCGUUGCUGUUAAGUCUAGGUAUCAUUUGUGUGAACUUUUUUCACUCUCCGCCGAACAUCCCGGCCCUAUUCUGGGUCUCGAACACAAGCGACUCCAAUCCCCUCCAUCCGUCGAUCCCAUUGCCUACAACCUUUUACCGACUGUCCUCGCGUUUUCACUCUCGCAACCUGCCUUGGGGUUCACUUCAGUUCAUUGACCCUUCAGUCCCCGAUUGUGGUCCAAGACUUUACAGAGAACCGGUCUGUCGGCUUGUUUAUCUGCAACUGGAAUCAAUCAACGAGUGCUCAGAAUCUCCCUUCGCGUCUCUCGACAAUCUCGCUCAGCAUAGAAUGCUGACCAUGCGGCGCUCACCAUGAACCGACCGCGAAGCUGAGGAUAGGCCGAGCACUACGCGUGGUGCAGUUAAUAUUGAGAUGCAAAGAGCAAGGAGGGGGAAUAAGCCGCGGCCAUGCGGAUUUCAAUACGGGAGCAGCUCGGGCUGCUCGUCCUCUUUUGCUCCCUCACGUCUCUUAUGGUGCUUGCACUUGCAGUGUGGUUCCAAAACUACAAUUUCAUCACCAGCAUCAGAUUAUCCGGUCUGUCCUUGACGGCAUCGCUCAAGGCGGCCCAGUUCACAAGUGCACUGUUGUUGUAUGAUUCACAGGCUAGGUUGAUCAGCACGCGGCUGCUGAUUCAGAGUGCCCUGGGAAGAUAUAAUUCAGGAAACACAUCAAAUGAGAAUUGGCAGCGAUCUGUGAGUGACUUUCAAGGCGCUCUCGCCAAUGGCAGCGUCCUUGUUCAGGCGAUCUUAUAUCCCAAUGCAUUCAAUGGCAAUGAGACCGCAGUCAAUGGGCUACUCAACGUCACCGCGCUUGGAUUGAACGGCACAAUCAAACUACCAUACAACUACACGAAUGGCUCUGCGGUUUACUUGGGAGACCCCGGCUUGGGUUACCCACCCUCAUUGUAUCCGAAUUUGACUUAUGGCCCUCCACAACCAGGAACCAAUUUUUCAACGAUAUUCUAUGAAGGCAAAAUCAUACGGCCUGACGAUACGCUAUUCCUAGGACCGUUGGUCGUGAACGAGACUUAUUCACUUCUGUCGCUCACGGUUCCGCUGAUCAAUAACACUUCUCGGUCAGAUGUCCUUGGCUGGAUGACCGUUCUAGCCAAUACCGAUAUGCUUUCCGAAAUCCAGAAGUCCCCCGAAGGCCUCGACAGAACCGGGGAGACUCUCCUCAUCGGUCCAGCGACGUCAAAUAACCAUUUUGAGCGCCAGAUUCGGGGAUCUAGCAAAUCCUACGCAGAGUCUCAACUACUCCGGUUUGUACUGCCGCCCGCAAGCAACGCUACGCUGGGAUAUCGGCAUCAGGCUCGGAGCAGCGUCAACAAUGCCACCGAGCCUUUCCUUGCUUCAGAUUAUCCGGCAGUCGUUUCGGCAUGGACCAAGGACAACAAGGCCAUCAAUAAUGCUGGUGCCUAUAUCUCAACGCGCAAUGAAGAUGGAACAAGAGUUUCAGCCGGUUAUGCCACCCUCUCCACGAAGUUUGUCGAUUGGGUGGUGGUCGUGGAGCAGUCACACCAUGAAGUGGUUGCACCCAUCGAUCAUCUGCGCGACGUUGUCCUUAUCUGUGUCUUCUCUGUAACUGGCUUGCUCCUUGCCAUUAUGUUUCCCAUGGCGCACUAUUCGAUCACCCCAAUCCGACAUCUUGCAGCUGCGACCGCUCGAACGGUGGAGCCUUAUCAACCUGACGACAACAGCGAGUAUUCCAGCACCCUAGGUCAGCAAGGAGCAGAAGUGGAGGAAAUCUUAGAUGCUGAUGAACGUGAUGCGGCUCGAAAGGAGGGCUUUUUUGGCGUUCUGACGAGAAUCACCAGGCCGAAACAGCCAGAACGAUCGACGACUCCUCGUCACCUGCGACACAGAACGUUUAGAAUACCUCGAAAGGUGCCAGAGCGAAAACACCUAAUUACUGAUGAGGUUACUGAGUUAACACGCACGUUCAACGAGAUGUCCGACGAGCUGACAAUGCAGUACGAGCGUCUUGAGGAAAGGGUAAAGGAACGAACAGCGGAGCUCGAGAAGAGUAAGAAGGCAGCCGAAGCAGCGAACCAGAGCAAGACGCUCUUCAUUGCCAACAUUUCCCACGAAUUGAAAACACCUCUUAAUGGUAUUCUUGGUCUGACAACCGUCUGUAUGAAUGAGGAUGACCUUGGCCGAAUACGAUCAACCCUCAAUACCAUCUACAAAUCCGGAGAUUUGCUGCUUCACUUGUUGACUGAUCUCCUCACCUUCAGCAAGAAUGAGGUUGGGCAGCAGCUGUCGAUAGACGAAGCGGAAUUCAGACUCAGCGAUCUGAGCACCCAACUCAUGCCCACUUUUGAGAAACAAGCCCGGGAGGCGCAGGUGGACCUCAAAGUACUUUUCCUCGGGACAAACGACGCUUUUGGUGAUUCUUCUGAGUUAUCUGGCGAGAAACUGUAUGGUCCUGUUGGCACAGGCCGGGUGAGGGAUAUGUGUCUAUGGGGUGACAAGAACAGGAUUCUGCAGGUCCUUAUGAACUUUGUCAGCAACAGUCUCAAAUUCACUCCUGCGCAUGGCUCUGUUACAGUUCGUGUUCGAUGCACAGGUCUUGUUGAGAACUUUCCCAGUCGAACAGGAAGCGCGCGGAAGUCGUCCUUGAACUCGAGAAAGUCAAAGUCGUCAAGUAACAAGCGAGUACGAAUGUCAGAUGGUUCGCUGGUAUCACCAGAAAGCGCAGACCAUGACAAGAACCAUUCAAAUUCUGGUGGAACUGAAGAUUCGAAGCUCAGCAUAAACGUCGCUGGAGGUACAACCCACAUACCGAAAAUCGCAGAAAGGCAGCGUUCCAUGUCACCGCCGCCAGUGAACACGAAAGACUUGAGCUUUGAAUUCGAGGUUGAGGACACGGGCCCCGGGAUUCCACCUGAACAGCAGAAGAUGAUAUUUGAACCCUUUGUUCAAGGCGACCUCGGCCUGAGCAAGAAGUACGGAGGUACUGGACUUGGCCUAAGCAUAUGCGCUCAACUAGCCGCCUUGAUGGGUGGUGAUAUUUCUCUCGACAGUAAAGUCGGGGCUGGCAGCAAGUUUACUAUGCGGAUUCCGCUUCGUUACGUAUCGGAGCGCACUCCCUCCAUGGCGUCCUCAACCCACAAGACAGCCUCCAAAGCCAGCAGUCUUGUUGGGCAAACAUUGCACGAUCAACCUGACGCAGCGCUGCACAACCACAGUGGUUCCACAGCAUCCUUGUCCUCGGCACGGGACGACCAACUGAAAUUAGCCGAUGUACCAAGGAUAGUCGGUUUCACUCAACCGUAUGUGGCCAAAGAGACCACGAGUAGCGACUCAUCCCAGGCAAAACUCAAUGAGAUAAAGAAAGUGGAAAAUGAAGCAGUGCAGAAGGGUCGGAAGGUGCGCGUGCUCGUGGCAGAAGACAACCAAGUGAACCAAGAAGUGGUCCUUCGCAUGUUGAGGCUGGAAGAUGUCUAUGAUGUCACUAUUGCGAAGGACGGACAAGAAGCAUUUGAAAAGGUUCGAGAAUCUAUGGUGAGUGGACAGAGAUUCGAUCUGGUCUUCAUGGACGUUCAAAUGCCCAAUCUCGACGGGAUCCAGUCGACGAAACUCAUUCGGGAAAUGGGGUUCAAGUCACCUAUUGUUGCCCUCACUGCAUUCGCCGAGAAAUCCAACGAGGACGAAUGUAUGGCUUCCGGGAUGGACUAUUUUCUGGCCAAGCCAAUACGAAGACCUGCGCUCAAACAGGUCUUGAAGAAAUACUGUGCAACUAUACCAGAAGAGGAAAAUGAGGGAGGUUCAACUGCGAUCCCCCAGGCCGAUGGGAACGCAGCGUCACAAUCAACAAGCUGCCAAACGGCAGUUAAAGAGCCUAAUAUCGACGUGUUGGACUCGAACGACGUCUCACCCCUCUCGUGAUUGCUCCAACAGCGCGCCCGGUGGCAUCCGGCCGAUGCGGCCGAAGCAUGCGGGAAAACCCACGUCAGAUGUAUAACAAUAUUCCUUUUCGUCUUGGGCAUAAGGAAGAUUUGCAAAAUCUAGGAAUAUUCAUGCCGGGAUGGUUCACCACUGGCGGGCUGUUGUUUGACUGAGCAUCUAAAAUCCCAUAUUUAUUCCAGGUUCUUAUGGAUAGCGAUGGCGUGAGGAGUUCAGCUCUAUAUAUUGAUGGAUAUGGUCGCAUUAAGGCGGGUUUGAGAGUACCACGGUCUGGAAAAGAGUACAUGGUAUUUGGAAAAUGGGAAAUCACUUGGAUAACGGUAUUACGGUUCACGCAUGGUAUACAAGGACUGCAUGUCGUUCCUCGCUCGAAAAGAGGACGAAUGCCGAAAAUUUCCAUCUUGCAUUGAUCUGCGCUGUCUACUACUAUAUCCUUGGGUGACUGUUUGGCUGCGUCUCGCGCGCAGCAGCGCCGGAAACGCGGUUUGUCGAGGGCGAAUACGGAUCACAGAGCACGAAUGCCUU